GGUCCCUGCCCAGUGGUAGGUUGCCGUCUGUUGCUCGAGACCCCUGCCAGGGGUAGAUUGCCGCCUGUUGCCCGAGGCCCCUGCCCAGGGGUAGAUUACCUGCCUGUUGCCCAAGACCCCUGCUCAGGGGUAGGUUGCCCGCCUGUUGCCCGAGCCCCAAGCCUAGGAGGGAGAUUGCCUGCCUGUUGCCGAAGACCCCCCGUGCCUGGAAUCGUCCCUGGUUUGCGC